AUUUUAAAUAUUCCCCAGCUUGUGAGCUUCGUUUGUAGUGAACGAGAUUGUUUGUUUCACCGGAAGAUUUAACAAAAAAAUAAUUCAUAUCUCAAUAAAAUAUGCUACGAGGUUGUCUCAGCCUCACCAAGGUUAUAUUGUGGUAGCAUAUGGAUGAGUUGGGAAUUUCGAAAAAAAAUACAAGCUUCCACGAAUUGUACGUCCAACGCAACCGGUUUGACCGGUCACUGUUUAUUUGAAGUUCUUUUGAAAUAUGAAGAGUUCAACGAGACACUCUAAUUAGCAAACAAAACGCUCGUCUCUUUGUACAUAUAUAAGCCCUGGUCGUUCGUCGACUGAUCAGAUGAUCAGUGCCUUUGCUAGUUACAUCUCGUGUCUCAAUAUAAGCUGGCAGCAAAAUGAAUCGUGCAAUACUGGUGACAUUUUUUAUCGUGUGCGUGUGUGGUUACAUGGCCUCCGUCGAUGGAAUGCCGGCACGUCGCAAACAGCAGUCCUCGGAAGAGUCUAGCGAAAUGAAGCCGAUGAGCAGAGAUCGGGAAAUGGGAAAGAAAGGUCCUGGUAAACGCCGCAAGGACCAAUCAUCGGCCGAAAGUGGAGAGAUGAAAAUGAGACGACCUCGCCCGCCUCCAAGGCGAAGAAAGAAUAAGAACAAGAACAGGAACCAAAUGUCCUCGACGUCCAGUACAACGGCUUUAUCAACUAGCAGUUCUUCUACCACGGCAUCACCACGAUCCGGAUCGACUACAACUACCUCAACUACAACGGCUUUACCAACUAGCAGUUCUUCUACCACGGCAUCACCACGAUCGGUGUCGACUACAACUGCAUCUACUACAACGACUUUACCAACUACCAGCUCUUCUACCACGUCAUCAUCAUCAUCCACUACAACUCCGUUAACUUCGACCAAUCCUACUACAACAACCGGAUCUUCUACUACACUGGGCUCAUCUACUACUUCUACGACAGUUUCCAGUACAACGACGAGUUCUUCCACUACACCAGCCACCAGUUCUACGACAAGUUCUUCAUCUACCACACGACGUCCAUCAUCUCCAACAAAUGAGCGGCGUGAUCAAUACAAUCGGGCCUGCUCUUCCUCCGAUAGCUCAAUGUUCGUUGCGUCGAAUUCAGGCACUUCCGCCCAAGCAAGAUCGUCACCAAUUGGGUAUGAAGAUGUUUCUUCCGGUUCAGUUGCUAGCGGGCAGAAGAUAAAGGCAGCGUAUGACGCAUGUAAAAUAGAAGUAUUAGACGAGUUCUGGGCGCGAUUUCGGUAUUUAAUGGCAACAAAUAGUCCGGUAAGUGGGAUACCGUCCGCAACAGCAUCGGGCCAGAAGAGUAAAAAGAAUGGAUCGCUCGCAAUAUCGAGCGACAUUAUGGACGAUCUGGCCAGCCGGUUCAUUAUCAAUGUGCCGGAGGAUGAGCGUAAAAAUUUGAUACGCAUCUGCUUCCAAAUGGAGUUGGCACACUGGUUUUAUUUGGAUUUUUACUGUGGCGAAAGUAAGCACAAGUGUGGUAUCAAGCAGUUUGCGCAGCAAAUGUUUAAGCACGUACCGUUUCUGCAACCGCACUGGCCUAAUGUCGACGGUGUGCUGGAGGACUGGAAACAGUACAAGUUAACUGUACCGACGUACGGUGCGAUACUCCUAUCGGAGGAUAUGAAGCAUGUGCUGCUGGUGCAGUCGUUCUGGGCAAAAUCAUCCUGGGGCUUUCCGAAGGGAAAGAUCAACGAAAACGAAGAACCGGUCAACUGUGCGAUCCGCGAGGUGUACGAAGAGACGGGUUACGACAUUCGCAAGCUUAUCGUACCGACCGAGUACAUUGAUGUGAUCAUCAACUAUCAGUUUACCCGCCUGUACCUGGUGCCGGGUGUACCGCUAACAACCGUGUUUAUGCCGAAAACGCGCAACGAAAUUAAAUGUUGCGAAUGGUUUCCGGUUGAUGUGCUGCCCGUGACGAAGCACGACAAUAUCGUCAAGGACAACCACAACCUGUCUGGCAAUUCAUUUUUUAUGAUUUUACCAUUUGUGAAGCGGCUGAAAAAGUGGCUUGAAUCGCACCACACGGGAAAGGGUACCACCGGUGGAAAAGGGACAGUUGGCAAAGGUUCGACCAAUGUGCAGGCGAGCAAUUCUUCCGUGUUUGGACGUGAGUCAGCUGGCAAACAGAAAAUGGCCAAUCAUCAACAAACGCAACAGCAACAGGCACAGAAACAGCGACAAAGGCACAAAUCGAUGGGAGAGUUAGAGCAACGGCCACAGCUGCAAAUACUGCAGUCCGGUGGUUCGCGAGGAAAAGGUAACGUUGGUACACCGAACCUUCACCAGCAGUUCGGCAACAGCAGUGCAAAUCGUUCCCAGCAGCAGCAGCAGCAAAAACAAACGAUCCGCGACGAUCCUAAUCGAUCGCAGCGAGCGACCAGUGUGGUGAACGACACGUACAAAGACUUUAUGUUCGGAGUAGCAGAUGAGUCGUCCGCGGUGAAGACUGGACAGGCGUCUGGUAGCUACAAGAAUGAACCGAAGAGCGGGCCCAUGGAGCAACACUCGGCGAAUGCGAACGGUGGUGGCCGGUCUGAACGUACGGUGAAGAGUCAGACAAAGAGGAAACUGUUUGCCAACGAGUCUAGCCCAGAAAAGCCGGUGGAAGUGGAGAACAGCGUAAGCGAAGAAGAAGAUAUCGCUGAAUGUUUGGAAAGACUUAGGCGGGAAGGACUUUAUGAUCGUUUCCACUGUGGUAUAGACGCGUGGAACCACUUUCAAUUACAGUUUAGCACAUUUAUGUACCCCGCAAUACCAUUCGUAAAACAUUAGUUCCAUUAAUGUACGUUGGAUGGGUACGGGCGCAAUAUAAAAAUCGUUAUUGGUACGAUUACUAUUCCUAACAGAGCAGAAAAAGGACUUCAAAUAAAUAUGGCACAAUCGGUGCAAAUACCUGCACACGAAA